GCUGACAUUACAGCAGAAGUUGGGAUGUCUUAUGUUGCCAAAAAGUGUGGCAUCCAGUUACUGCCACCAUCUAUCAUUUUGAUCUAUGAAGACCCGUUUAAAAAGAAUCUGCGCAAGCGCAUCAUGCCUAUCCGGAAUUUUACCAAAUUCUCAGACUGCAGCAGAGCGGCAGAGCAACUGAAGAACAAUCCUCGGCACAAGACAUAUUUAGAAGGGGUAUCAUUGGAGCAGCUAAAAAAGUUACACAAUUUGUUGAGAUGCCACCUUCAAGGACAAACUUUGAGUCAGAGUUUGAAAAAAGUUGAGCAGAAUGAAACCGUUGAUCCAGAAGAGGAUCUAAAUAAACUGAAUGAUGAAGAGCUAGCCCAAAGGAAAAGAAUCAUGGAUGAAUUGUUUGAAAAGAACAGAAAAAGAAAAGAGGACCCAGAUUUUAUCUAUAAUGUAGAGGUGGAAUUUCCACAAGAUAAGGAGCUUGAAGCUUGUGAGUGGGAUACAGAAACAGAGGAUGAAUUUUAAUGCAAAAUUAAGCUUAUGAGGACUUUUAGGGACUGUUUAUAAAUUACAUAUACUUUGUUUGAGUAACAAUAUUUGACUAAAGUUAUCAAUGAAAAGUAGCAUUGUGUACUGUCAAAAUGAUUGACAUGUUUUUCUUUGGCAUUUAAAAUAUUCUGAAAUAUUCAUAUUAAUAUGCAAAAAUGUGUGUAUAGAGCAUGAAUGUCUUGAGUAGAAAAUCUGUAUUGGUUCUUGUAUUGGUAUGGGAAAUAUCCAUUAAUUAAACAUUGACUUACAUUUUAUGCAGACAGGCAUUGGAAUAGCAGCUACCAUUAUGUCUAUUGCACGAGCACAAAAUGGCACCUGUUAUGCUUGUGAACUGACAAAGUGCAUGAUCUAACACAGUAUUCCUGAAAUGCAACCUUGCUUAACCCAGAAACUAAGCAAAACUGGUGAAAACAAAAGGAGAUGUGUCACUAGAGAACCAACUGUAUAUGAAAGCACAUGUCCUGCAAACAUUCAUAUUUAUAGACAUGUUUGCAAGAAGCCAUUGAAUUGUAUCAAUGGGGUAGAACUUAUUUGGCAAGAUCUAUUGUGAGAAAUACAGAUUUAAAAAGGCUUCCUCAUCCAGGAAUUUUCUAAAUAAAGGAAAUAUCUGGAGUAAAUAUUCAGAAGAACUAAAAUCAAUUUUUAAAAAUAGUUCAUUCUUAAACGCAAUUCUUCCACCUCUACCAUAAACUUUUGCUUCAGGGAUUAAGUCUCUCAGAAGUUGAACUUCCAUUUCUGACAUCAAUAUUGAAUAAGUUUUGGGCAGAUUCAAAUUCCUCAUCCAUACCUUAAGUGAAGAAAGAGCAACCCAUUUCAGGACAUAAUAUGAUUUUUGAGUUAGAAUUUUCACUUAGAGGAAGGAGACCCCAUUAAAGCAUUAUUGGACCCCAAUAGCAACUUUUAGUAUUUUAGAAGUGAUUUCCAUUAUAAAAUUAUACUCAUGUCAGCUGGAAGGAAAGAACAUUCUUAAUUGUUUGCCCUAGCAGUUCCCUAUGUUAGCAGAAAAGAAGUGAGCACAUCCACCAACUUCCUUCCGUCAUGUGAAUACCUUGAGGCUAGCUGCUAGAUGGUCAUAAUGGCACAAGGAAACUGCAGUAUACAUGCACAAACAAUUUUGUGGGAAAGGCAGGUGUUUUUUGUCCACAAAUAAUUUAUAUUGGGAUUAAAAAUACUGUACUUAUAUGGAAGAAACUAAUUUUAAGUACCAAAAAUUUGACUCGUAGAAUUCUCAGCCAUCCUACAUAUUAACUUUUUAAAAAAAAAUGGCUUAUAAUAACCAAAUAGAUCCUUUUUAAGAGAAGAAUUGGGGCUUAAGUAUUUUGGCCAUAUGUAUAUAAAUAUAUAUCUUUGUAGGUUAUUAAUGUAGGUAUUUAGCAAAUGUUCUGUCAGUAAUAAUAUGUAUUCAAGAUAUUUAUUAAAAAAAAUCCAGCAUUUGUUCUCCAGAGGGCAGUAUUUUCUCAUUUAAAAAUCUGGGACAAAUUAUUGCACUUAAAAAGAAUUUCUAUGUUAUUUAUCAAAAUGUAGUUUGGGAUAUAAAGUAAUUUGGGAAUAGGUUUUAUUAUUGUAUUUAAGAAUUGUAUAUUCUGAUGUCUAACAAACAGCAAUAAAUACAUUUUAGUGACAUUU